CCUGAUGGCGUGGUCUCCUUGCCAUGGAGCCUCUAUGAUAACCACCUUGUAUUGCUUCUCUAGGGCUCUCUCCAACUGACAUUUUGCCGCCUCUCUUCCCCCCGACUCCUCUCUUACAACACAGAACUCCGACUUGCUAUAGUACUGACUGCUUCAACACAACAGAGAAGAUUGAUAAAGACCGUUAAGUGCCCUGCAGGAUGAUUAUGACGUCACGUCAUGUGAUUGGUGUAUUGUAAACGACGUCCGCCCCAGCUAGUUUGGGUGGUGAAGAGCAGAACUGAAGAGAGAAAGAGAGCAGGAAUGGCUGGUUUCUUUGGGUUUGGAGCGUUUUCAACGCCAGUAGGUCAGCUAAUUGAACGAGCAACUGACAACGCAGCGAGCGCUGGCAACCUCCCUCUUCACCUUGAGGUGUGUGAUCUGAUAAAUGAGACUGACUCUGGGCCCAAGGACGCAGUGGCAGCCAUUAGGAAGAGGCUUACAGGGAGCUACAAGAAUUUCCACAUCAUCAACCUUACCUUGACUGUUCUUGAGACCUGUGUGAAGAACUGUGGUCUGAGGUUCCACGUCAAGAUAGCUCAGAAAGAGUUCCUGAACGACUUGUUGAGAGUCAUUCAGCCCAAGAACAACCCUCCCACCAUCGUGAAGGAGAGGGUCCUAGGCCUCAUCCAGUACUGGGCAGAUGCCUUCAGAGGCAGACCUCAGCUGGGGACGGUGGAAGAGGUGUACGAGGACCUGAAGGCACAGGGGGUGGAGUUCCCCCCGGUUGACCUAGACCAGCUGGCUCCAGUCCAGACCCCAUCCAGACAAUCCCAGGCUCCAUCGGCCCCAGACGAGCUCUCCCUCACAGCUCAGCCGCAGUCCUCAUCAGGUCAGAGAAGAAGCCAUCGCUCACCCAGAGGGCCAAUUGGACCCCUCAAACCAGAGCAGGUGGCCAAACUGCUCUCUGAGCUGGACAUUGUUAGGAGGAACAUUGACGUCAUGAGUGAGAUAAUGACAGAGAACCAGCCUGGACAGGAGAGCCAAGAUGACUACCAGUUACUGGAGGAACUCAACAGAUCCGUUCACAGUAUGCAGAGUCGAGUGGCAGACCUGAUAGAGAGAUGUCAGGAUGAAAUCAUUCUUGAGAGUACACUGCAGAUCAAUGAUGAACUGAACAGCGUGUUUGUGAGAUAUGAGAGGUAUCUUCGGAACAGAGAAGCUCUCCAGCAGCCAGGACAGGAAGGCAGAGAGAAGGUGCCAGAGAGUGUUCAAGAAGGCAGCGUGGCCACUACCAGUCUGAAUGAGCCUGCAGCCACCAUCUGCUACCCCGCUCUAGAUGACCAGCAGCCUCCGCCUUAUGAAGGAGAAGCUUCUGUAGGGACCCUCAUUGAUCUUGGCAGCGACAUCACUGCCCCCCUGCCCCCCCAGUCGACCCCCGAGGGGCAGGAUAUUGUGUCUCAGUUAAAAGACCUUGGAAUCACGGGGGGCCAGAGUGGACCCCAGCAAUCUGCAGCCCCAGCAGCUGUUGAACAAAGUCAUGAUGAGUUUGAUAUGUUUGCCAAAAGCAGAACAGCCUAUGCUGGCCCAACUGGGGGCUCUACGUACGAAGAUUUGAGAGUGGACCAAAACCAGUCACUGACACAGGCUCUGCAUGGUCGCAGCACUGAACCCAAUGUGUAUGCCGACCUUCAAGAGUGGCUGGCCCCGCCCACUACCACACCCACUUCACAGCCCAGUGCUGAGUCUGCAACCAGUGCAGGUAUAUAAAACAUGAUGUCAGGAUGAUGCAAUACAAUACAAUUCUCUGUGUUUAGAAUUUGACCAGUUUUUGCAGCAGAGGAGUCAGCAGGCAGAGAGUCUGCCUCCUGCCAGACACCGAGCACAGAUGCAGAGAAAGGAGGACCAGACAUCUGAUGAACUGUUUGCUCUCUGAAGCUAUCCUCGUAUACUGUAUUAUAGAUGUACUGCCAGCAGUAGAAAAUCACUGUGUGUUUAUUGUUCUUCCAUAAUGUUGUUGGGUCAUUUGUCUGCACAAUGAUCUA